AUGAGUGGAACAAACCAGACAGUUGUGACGGAAUACGUCCUGCUGGGGCUACAUGGGCACCAUAAUCUAGAGGCGGUCCUGUUUGUGCUGUGCCUGGGCAUCUACUUGGUGAACGUGCUGGGCAACUCCCUCCUCAUAGGGCUGAACGUACUGGCCCCCCGCCUGCACAGCCCCAUGUACUUCUUUCUCAGCAACCUCUCCCUCAUGGACAUCUGUGGCACCUCCUCCUUCGUGCCUCUCAUGCUGGUCAACUUUCUGAAAGCCCGAAGGACCAUCUCCUUCCCCGGCUGUGCCCUGCAGAUGUACCUGACCCUGGCGCUAGGCUCUACAGAGUGCCUGCUCCUGGCCGUGAUGGCGUACGACCGUUAUGCAGCUAUCUGCCAGCCACUUAGGUACCCGGAGCUCAUGAGUGGGCAGACGUGCAUGCAGAUGGCACUGCUGAGCUGGGGGACAAGCUUUGCCAACUCGCUCCUGCAGUCCAUCCUUGUCUGGCGCCUCCCCUUCUGUGGCCACAGUGUCAUCAACCACUUCUUCUGUGAGAUCUUGGCAGUGCUAAAACUGGCCUGUAGGGACAUCUCCCUCAAUGCACUGACAAUAAUGGUGGCCACAGUCGUCCUGACGCUGGCCCCACUCCUGCUCAUCUGCCUUUCCUACGUUUUCAUCCUGGCUGCCAUCCUCAGGGUACCCUCUGCUGCAGGCCGGCGCAAAGCCUUCUCCACCUGCUCUGCCCACCUCACAGUGGUGGUGAUUUUCUAUGGGACCAUCUCCUUCAUGUACUUCAAGCCCAAGGCCAAGGACCCCAAGUUGGAUAAGAUUAUCACAUUGUUCUAUGGGGUUGUGACACCCUCACUGAACCCCAUCAUCUACAGCCUGAGGAACGCAGAGGUGAAAGCUGCUGCCGUAGCUCUGCUGGGGGGCCGCCUGCUCUCCAGGAAAGCGUCCCGCUGUCACUGUUGCUCUCCGUCGCUGUCAGUCAGCACAGGCUAG